AUGAGCGCUAACUUCACUAACAUCACGACUAAAGUUUCCUUUUCCGUUGCCGCUGCAACGUGGACUGCUGUGUGGAAUUACUCUACCAUCUCGCGAUUGACAUUCUUCGUCCUGCAGAUCGUCCUCAACCUUUCCAUGCUGCUCUUUCUUAUCCAUCACGAAGCACUGCGCAUCGGCUUCAACGUGUAUCUCAUUGGCCUUCUGUCUGCCAAUAUAUUCUACGCCUUCGGUCAGUAUCCAGUGGAGAUUCUACAGUCACUGUACGACCACUGGUGGAUGUCGAAGGCAGCUUGCAGUUAUUACAUAUACCAAUCCUGGGUGUUUGUCAGUGUGUCAAUCCACAUGCACGUGCUCAUCACCAUCAAUCGGCUGUGGGCGUUGACCUUUCCGUUGUCCUACCGGAAUCAGCACAACACUAGAGUGGCGUGUUUGUUUUCAGUCUCCAUCGUUGUCUAUGUGCACAUUGUGUGUUUUCCGCUGUUUCCCAUUGAUGAGUUAUAUUAUCGGCCGCCCACAGAGCUUGGUUGCUUUUUAGAUACGGCCCAACAGAAAUUGUACUCAACUAUCGUUAACAUGGUGGCGUUUAAUUUGCCGGUUGCAGCAGUGGUGUUUUCCUAUCCCUACAUUCUAUACAAAUAUCUUCGCCGGCGACGAACGAAAAAUGCGGUUAGGCCAUCAUCCAUGUGGAUCAAUAACCAAACUGACCGGAACCAGAGAAAAACAAUCGCAGCGAGUCAAAAGAACGACAACAGCGUUAGCCCGUUCUUUACCCUAACUCUACUCACGUGCAGUGUAAUGAUAUGUUGGGCGCCCAGUCAAGUAUACUGGACGCUGGACAGCUUCAUGGAUGUCUCGGGACUAUCCCA